UCUACUGCCGCCAGUACUACUACGAUCAACCUCUUUCAGCCUGGUGAGGAGACCAUUCCCUACAAUGAUGUGGAGGCGAGCAUCAUCGGGGUCACUGGGGAUACCACCACUGUUGCUAUCGUCUGCGGCCCUUCCGCAGCUGCAUCGAAUUGUGCCCUGCACAGCCCAGUCACCAUUACUGAGGGUCCUUCUACUUUCACUGUGAGCGCCGUCAUAACUUCUACUACGGACGAUGCAGAAUAUACGGUUACCCUCGUUGAAGACUGCGAUAUCACCUCUGUGACUCAAGGUGCCUCCUGCUCCAUUUCCAUGGAUUACACUAUCGCCUACAGCGGCGAAACCACUUCUUACUCAACUGCCGCGGAAGCCUCUCUGCCUGCUCGCCUAAUGAAGUACUCGCCCGUGACGGUCACUGCGGGCGCUGACAAGUUGUCUUCCUCUGCUGCU